UUUUUGUCACGUGACGGGGAGCCCCGUGAACAUGGCGGCCAGCGCUGCAGCUGCAGAGAGCUCCGUGAGGAGGAGACGUGUGGACAGCAAGAGGACGGAUACAGAUUAUGUUCCUGGCAGCUCAGAAGAUGGAGAAACCAUCAGCAAAGACUCAGAGAAAGAGAAGCACUUUGCGUUCUUACAACCCGGGACCUUUUGGCUCACUCGUAUUGUGCUGCUGCGCUCAGUCGCCUUUAUUUACUUUGUGGCUUUUAUGGUUGCUUACAACCAGAACAAACAGCUGAUUGGCGAGAACGGCCUAAUGCCCUGCAAGAGCUACCUCAAUAGUGUCAAGCGUUACGUGGGAGGAAAGAUCGGUCUGGCGGCCCUGGCCUACACACCUUCCGUCCUCUGGUUCCUGGACUGGAGCAGCAUGGACACCAACCUAGAUUGUAUUGCCAUGCUGGGGAUGGCGUUGUCAGGGUUUGUCCUGGUGGCAGGAAUGGCCAAUAUGGUGAUCAUGGUGACUCUGUGGGUGCUUUACCACUCCCUAGUCAAUGUGGGACAGCUGUGGUAUUCCUUUGGCUGGGAGAGCCAGCUGUUGGAGACAGGCUUUCUGGCUAUUUUCCUGUGUCCACUGUGGACUCUGUCCCAGAUUCCCCGCAGCUGUCCUCCCUCCCUCAUCUGCAUCUGGACCUUCAGGUGGCUAAUUGUUCGCAUCAUGCUGGGAGCUGGCCUCAUUAAAAUCAGAGGAGACAGGUGCUGGAGAGACCUGACCUGCAUGGACUACCACUAUGAGACCCAGCCAGUGCCAAACCCCAUGUCCUACUACAUGCACCACUUUCCGUGGUGGUUCCAUCGCUUCGAGACGCUGUCCAACCACUUCAUCGAGCUCAUCGCUCCCUUCUUCACCUUCCUAGGACGGCGGAUGUGUAUGGUGAACGGAGCGAUCCAGAUCCUUUUUCAGGUGGUCUUGAUCAUCAGCGGGAACCUCAGUUUUCUCAACUGGCUGACCAUUGUCCCCAGUUUGGCCUGCUUUGACGACGCAUCACUGAGCUUUCUGUUUCGCUGCGGCUCAGGAGCUAAAGAAGCUGUGUUGGAGAUCCAGAAGGAGGAGGCAACUGGACAAGCCCCCAAACCCACAAAAGGUACGCUGAUACGCCGGGUGGUGAACAUUUCUUUGGGUGUUCUCAUUGGCUGCCUGAGCAUCCCAGUGGUGAUGAACCUGCUGAGUCCCCGGCAGGUGAUGAACACUUCCUUCGACCCCCUGCGCAUCGUCAACACCUACGGGGCAUUUGGCAGCAUCACCAAAGAGCGGACCGAGGUGAUCUUCCAGGGAACUCUGAGCCCAGAUCCCAAAAACCCUGAGACGGUUUGGGAGGAGUACCAGUUCAAGUGUAAGCCAGGAGACGUCUACCAGCAACCCUGCCUCAUAUCACCCUACCACUACCGGCUGGACUGGCUCAUGUGGUUUGCUGCCUUCCAGACCUAUGAGCAGAGUGAGUGGAUCAUCCACAUUGCAGGACGCCUGCUAGCCAAUGACAGCAUGGUCCUCUCAUUGCUGGAUUACAACCCCUUCCAAGGCAGAGACCCCCCCAGAUGGGUUCGAGGAGAACACUUCAGGUAUAAGUUUACGCAGCCGGGCAGUGCAAGCACAGCACAGGGCAAGUGGUGGCUGAGAAAACGCAUUGGAGCCUACUUCCCUGCUGUAGACCUGGAAGGACUCAGGGGCUACUUCCAGUCCAGGAACUGGCCUCACCCACAUAUUCCACCAAGUAGGAGCUGAAGUCAGACUGCACAAUCAGGAGGACAUGAGUUGUUUGAAAGAGGUCAUUUCAAAGCAGUUUCAGCUGUUUGGAGCCAAGGCUACACUAUCUGCAGAUGACAUAAAAUUUGUCAAAAACUUCUUGAUAAAACCUUUCCUAAUACAAAACACCAGUAAAAUGAUUCCCAAACAAUGUGAAGGUUUUUAAGCUUUCAGUUUAAAAUGUUUAUGGACUUUCUCUGAAAACAUCCUGACGACACACCUGAAAGCAAACAUACAAACAGGUUGAAAAUUAAAACAAGAAAAUUCCACCAUGACAGCUCCUAACUGGUUUCAUUUUCUCAAGAAGUCUAUUGGGCUUCCUUCCUACAUUUUUUAAACUAGCUUUAUUAAACAGGACUUUGGGAAGUGUUUGAACGACAUAAGCAUGGUACAGUAACUGGGACUGCAUUAUAGUGUCAAAACAGGCUCAGUUUUAUUGGAUCACAUGCGUAAAAAGCUAAAAAGAUUGUCAAAGUUUUCUUUGUCAUGAAAUUUUGGAAGCUUAAUAUUUUUUUCUUUAAAAACUAUAACAUACACAUGAAAAUGAUUUACCUUUAGUCGAAGAGUCUGGAAGAAAUCUAACCAGCAGAGGCAAACUUGCUUGAAAUCAUUGUCUUCUUGUGUUAGCAAUAGUUACCCUUUAAGAAAAGAAUACGGCCAUCAACGCUUUGCAUCCAAAUGACCUCACAUUUAAGGCAACUGCUGCGAAGUUCAGAUGAGUUACCUGCAGUGCAGAGCUUGGUCAGCAGAAGAGUGGAAUCAAAACAUCUUGCAAGAAUAUUUUCCAGCAUGAUGGAGCACAAUUUCACACUGCAAAUGGGAAAAGGUAAUGGCCAGGAAGCUUCCCAGAUCAUAAUUACUCAUAGAACUUAUUGUCACUUUCCGAAACAAAGCAGGUUAACAAAAAGAAGCCAACAAACUUAAUAAACCGAGCUCUGAUAAGACAAAAAUGAACCAUUAUCAGUCAGGAUUUGGUCCAUAAACUGCAGCAUGUAAAAUUGCUUUAAAAAAUUAGCACUGUAAAUGUUUACAAAAGUUGAAGAAUUUACAAAUAAAAACCUUAAGAUUUAUAAAAUGUUUUAACCAUUCCUCAAUAAUCUGCAGAGAUGUGCAAAAAGUCUAAAAAGCCACAAAACAUUAAGCCAUGGCUACGGGUUGCAGUACAAUAAAAGACCUGGAGAUGGUGCUGUUACUCCAAACUCCAAAACAGUGUCCCACAUCUUAAUGACUGAUGGCAGCAGUAACAUGAAUGUAUCAUGGCAUUCCUCUUUAGACCCAAAUGUUUUCUUCCGUUUUGGUAACACCUACAAACAAACAGUGUAAGACAACAAUAAUUUUCUAUAAUUCUGGCUGGCUAUUCAACCACUUUUCUUAUUAUAAAUGUUAGAGUUCAUUGAAUGUGUUGGUUUUCUGGAAUAUCUACAGCCCAGCUGUAAGCCACCAAAGAUAUUUGGUUAUAAUUUUCAGGGUCAACUCAAGAACCACCAAGCAUUUAAAACUCUGUUCUGAAAACCGGCCUUAUCUGACUACUGUUUGACACGAAAUGAAGGAAAUGAAAGGGAAACGCUUACAGUGCUGGCCACAUUUAUUGGCUUCUUGAUCAAAAGGUGUGUAAAAAGCCUUAAGUUCAUCUUUUAUUGCAGUAGCAUAAUCUCACAAUAAAAUCUUUUUAAAAAUCAA